AAAAAUAUGGGAGAAGUAUUUUUGUAUGGCAAGAAGGUUAUUUGUACGACUCACUGAAUAUAAAUACCAAAGUUGGGUCGAAAAGUCAUCAGUAGAAGAUCUGGCAGUGUAUCGAGUCAAUACGUACUUUUGUUCCCACCUCCGGAACACCGAAGCCAUUGUCACCAAUCGACAUAAGUUUUGAAAUUUUCACGAAUUGUCGUGGUCGAAGGUCCAUAACCACGAGACACGUCGGAAUUGUUCGAUCGUUCGUUUCGAACUAAGUUUCGUUAGAAAUUUAUACAUCAUUAGAAAGAUAAAAAGUCGAAUAGAAAUGAACACGGUAGAAGAAUACAUAAACGCGAGCAAGCUUCAGUACCGCGACGCGUUCGACAUUGUCGAGGAAUUCAAGGAAGAGAUGUCCGAGAUGAGAGGGAAGUGCAUCGACAUCGGUUGCGGACCAGGGGACGUAACGAACAAGCUGAUCCUACCUAGGUUGUCACUGGAAGCGGAGCUAGUAGGGACGGACAUAUCGAAGGUGAUGAUCGAUUACGCAAGACAGAAGUACCAGGGCGAGAAACGCUUGUCGUUCUUGCAAAUGGACAUCGAAACCUUGGAUUUACCUAAGGAGGAAUUAGCCCAAUAUAGCAACGUACUGUCCUUUUAUUGCCUCCAUUGGUGUCAAAACUCUUGGAAGGCUUUCGACAAUAUUUACAAGUUGCUGCAACCAGGAGGAAAAGCUCUGGUUAUGUUCCUGGCUUGGAACAGCGGUUUCGAUGCCUACAUGAGGAUUCACGAGAACCCACUAUACAAACCAUAUAUGGAGGACGCAAAUCGCUUCGUGCCUUUUUUCCAUCGGUGCAAAGAUUCCCGAGCGACAUUAAGGAAGAUGCUGAAGGACGUAGGCUUCGAGAUUCUACACUGUAGCAGGAGAGAAAAAUGCUUCAUUUACCAGAACAUGCAAAUAUUAAAACGUCAUAUGAUUGCGGUUAAUCCCUUCAUCUCGCGGAUCCCUGAUCACCUCAAAGAGGAGUUCGAGAAUGUGGUAGCGCGCGAAAUAGUGAGCCAGAUGAUCCUAUUCCCGAGCAAAAACGACAACGGUCAACAAGAAUAUAGUAUUUUGGAUAGAUAUCACAUUCUUGUGGCGUAUGUAAAGAAGCCUUCCGACACAUGCUGAGAAAUUCAUUAAUUUAAUUUUGUUUUACGCGAUCAUAGGGAUAAGAGUUUAUCAUUGUAUCCGUCGUUAUUAAUAAAAAAUAGUAUUAUUGAUUCUGUAAUUUCGUUGAUUCUGUGACUGUCAUCGACGACAAUGGUAGUAGGACAAGGGAAUAUCAAAAGGAGAAGCGAGUCAAGACACAAGUAACAACGCGUAUUGUUUCUAUCACGCUAAUCUUUAUUAUACGCUAUAUUCUUUGAUUUUACAAUACGGUACAGCCAUUUAUAGAAUAUCGUUAAAAUUCAUAUAUCGUCAUACGGAUAUAAGUAGGUUUGUUAUUAUUUUUUGUGUUUUUGUUUUAUGGUAUUUACGAUAUCCAUACAGGGAAUAACAAUUUUACUAACACUUCUUCCUAAAAAAGACACCCAAGUUUAUAAGUCAGUUGACAUCGAUUGUUUCGGUAUUCCGACGCUUCCUCCAAGUCCGAACAAAUUUAAUCACCAUACUAGAAACGAGAAGAAUAUCGAUGCGGCGUGAAUCGCCAGGAUUUCGUUUCACGCGAUUCGGCAAAGAGUUCGACUCGUCACGUGGAUGUUCUACUCGUUUACUCGAGAGAACAACGGUCGUGGAUCACUCGACGAGAACGGUACCGAAACUCUAUAUGGAAACAACUCGAGAUUGACUAUCACGGAUUAAAACUGACCGUCGUGAAUCAGAGAUCGAUGUCGGUUAAAAGUUUCAACGUGCAGCAUGUCUACGACGUUGUCUCUAUUGCGUUUACAUCUAUAACACGGACCUAUGCUUAAGCGAGAAACAAUGUAAAUGCGUCGAAAUCGAAAAA